AGCAGUCGCUACAGACGGUAGCAGGUAGAAGGUUUUAUGCUGUUGGCGGUGCUGGCAGAGUGAUCGGGUAGCUGCUGAAGUAUUUUGUUAUUUUUGUGCAAAGUUCCGUAUUUUUUAAAAAGUAGCGACAGAAGAGGAACUGAAUCGAUAUGGGAUCAGAACAGCAGUUUUGUUUGAGGUGGAAUAAUCAUCAAAGCACUUUGGUUGCUGUUUUUGAUACUUUACUGGAGAGUGGAACUUUGGUUGACUGCACUUUGGCAGCUGAAGGCCAAUACUUGAAAGCGCAUAAAGUAGUUCUUUCCGCGUGUAGUCCUUACUUUGAGCUCCUGCUGAGUCAGCAUUAUGAGAAACACCCGAUCGUUAUUCUUAAAGAUGUGAAAUUCCAAGAAUUGAAAGCUAUGAUGGAUUAUAUGUAUCGGGGUGAAGUGAAUAUUUCUCAAGAUCAAUUAGGAGCUUUAUUGAAAGCCGCCGAAUCUCUGCAGAUAAAGGGUUUAUCGGAUAGCGGUGGCGGAGGUACAGAGAGGGAAGUGGAACCUAAGAGGAGAAAAGAAUCGGUUCCACCUCCUCCCACACCAGCAAGAACGCCACCUAUUCUACAGCAUUCGUCGUCGGGCCUCACUAUCGAGCAUCGACGAACGGCGCAGCCAUCUCAAGUUCCGCAAGUUAUUGAUUUACCCGAGGAUGCCCCGCCGCCGAUGCCGUUGCAGAAGAUGGCCACGACGAGGGAGGGCAGCAUUUCGCCCGUCUCACGUAAACGGAAGAAGCAUAGACGCCGAUCAAGUUGUGAUGAGAACAGUUUAGGGGCACCUGGUGUUUUACCAUCAACUGACAAUCACGAAACAAGUAGCUCGUGUGAACUUCCACCCCAAUCGCAGGUACCUCCUGCUCCAAGUAUACCCGCCACCAUAACGCCGGUUACGUCGACGCCAAUACCCAAACCGUCGUUAGAUACCCAGUUAAGUCAUACAACUGAGGAGAAAAACAGUGACUCUGAGAUUAUGAGCAAACCUUUGGCCUCAGUGCAAGGUGCUGUAGCCUCCCCACAGACAAUGCCAAUUGAACCUGAACCUGUUGUGCAUAAAGUAGAGCCACAGACUGAACCUCUAUUAGAACCAAAGUCAGAGUACCUGGAGGAAGUGAACGAUGACAGUGUGGAGGACUUGACUUUAGAUGAUGACAUGGACGAUAUGGAUCAGCCUAGAGCGGGUCCUUCGCAUGGUGGGGAGGGUUCCAGCAGUCAAGGAACAGGCUUUGCACCGUGGCAUGUAACUGCAACUGACAGAUCGACGGAUGAAGUCUUCAUGGCUGCGCAGGAAGCGGUUGGUGCUCAUAGGGAUUCUCAAGGCAUAACACAAGAUUUAAAUGACUUUCCUUCAGUUUUGGCUUCACGCAGAUUGCCUUUCUCGGAUACUGUGCGUGAAUUUCCAGCUUCUCACUCUGUUUGUGAAGGUGAUAUAGAUUCAUUUUCAUAUUUGUCACCAAACUUCAGUAAUCAGAGCCAUCAAGAAGCCCCAUAUCAAAGAAAGGAUACUACUGCUCAGAGGGACGAAUUUAAUGUAGAAGCAAGGAAUUCUUCUGAUGUGUCCUCUCAGAGGCUUAAGUGCAGAGUAAGAACAACAUUGAAAGAGCAACAACUUGCUGUUCUGUGGAAUAGCUUCAGUAAUAAUCCACGGCCUAAUUCACAAGAGAAAUUACGUAUUGCUGAAAUGACAGGUUUAAGCGUGAAAGUUGUGUCAAUAUGGUUUCAAAACAAAAGAUGUCUGCAAAAGAAGAAGAAUACUCUGUCUCAAGUCCAAUGACAAAUUAUUAUUUUGGCUGUUCAAAAACGUUCUGUUCUACUUUCUUGUAUUCAGAAAUGGAAAUUGCAUGUGAAGAUGUGUACCAUAAGCUGAAAAGCUCAGUAGUUGCUGCUGAGAGCUUAUUAAUGCUUAGUUACCUUCCAUAUACAUAUUUCUAUUAAUAUCACUUGUGUUAUCUGCCCCUUAUGGAAGGUAGGUGCAAUUACUUCAUCAAAAGUGAUGCAAUCUGUGCUGCGUUAUCAUAUGUGAUAAAUGUUAACAGUGAUAGAAUUGUUUCUUUCUACCACAUAAAAGUGGGAAAGUGGGAAAAAGGAGAACUAACUGACAAACUCCACUUCUUAAUUCUUCCAAGGCCCUUCAUAACAGCAAUUUAAUAUGUGCAUUGCUCCUAUCUUCCGUGUGUGCUGAAUGUCAUUGCACCAGUAUCCAUAUCUUUCUUUCUUUUCUAAUUCCACUUGGUUUAAAUUGACUCACCAACUACAACCUGAAGUUGUUUACUUCUUUAAGUUGUGUGUUGCGACAUUACACCAAAGCAUGAGACUCACAUUCAUCCUUCUCUUCCCACUACUUUUAUUCUUUGCCCUGUGCUAUCCUUCUUUUCACCCUCCAUUCCUAUUCUGCCCCAUCCUUUCCUACUCUCCCCCUCGCUCCCCCCUUUUCCACACUUACGUACUCUGCUCCAUCCGCUCCUACUCCCCCCUAUUUUCCUACUCUGCCUUAUCCUCUUCAGCCCAUCCCCUUUUCUCCUCUGUCUUUUUUUUUUUUUUCAGUGGUUAGCACACUGGACUCGCAUUCGGGAGGACGACGGUUCAAUCCCGUCUCCGGCCAUCCUGAUUUAGGUUUUCCGUGAUUUCCCUAAAUCGGUUCAGGCAAAUGCCGGGAUGGUUCCUUUGAAAGGGCACGUCCGAUUUCCUUCCCUAACCCGAGCUUGCGCUCCGUCUCUAAUGACCUCGUUGUCAACGGGACGUUAAACACUAAUCUCUUCCUCCUCCUCCUCUUUUUUUUUCUUUUUUUUUUCUUUUUUUUUCCCCUACUGAUUUCUUUACUUUUCUCCUAGCUUUCCCCUACAUUUCUUUCCUCUUUGACUAGCUUUCCCCUCUGCCUCUAUAUCUUUAUCCUCUACCCCUCUUUCAUUCGUCUUGUUGCCUUUGAUUCCUGCUUUCAGCUUUUCUUCUCCUCCUCCUGGCCCUUCUCAUUUUUCUGCCUCUUCCUAUUCCCUGCCUAACUUACACCCUCCAUGGCCUCUGUCCUCAUCUGUACAACUGGUCCUUCUGUGUGGCAAAACUAGACAGCCACCUGAUGUGCCAAAAUUUGGAAGGGUGCCAAAUAUUGGGUAAAAGUACAGAAGUUCAACAAAUUUAAUUUUUCUCUUGAUUAACACUGUUAGCCGUUUCAUCUCCUGACUGCUGUGUUACAGAAGUAUCACUCUGGAGACUGUGCACAGCCAAGAAAUGAGCAACCUGCUCAGCAGUGACACACAUCAGCCUUUUUCUACAUUUAAGUCUCACAAACUGUUACUAAACAAGCUUCUUAAAGAUUAUAAUUGUUGGAUUAUGGGUCCAUACUGACUUAGCAUUCUGGCUCUGAUGAGCAGUUCAGUGCCUAUCAGCCACUGUGUCAUCCUCCAUUUGAAUGCAGCAUGGAAGGUGUGUAAGGUUAGGAGAAUGUUCUCCUAGCCAUUGUUACCUCUCCAAACCUUAAAGAAACCUUCAUUCAUGAUGCUCCUCAAUGGGCACUCCAUUCCAGUCCUUCCACCUAGAAAAAAUCUCUAGUGGUACUGGGAACUUAACCCAAGUCCUCUGCCUGAACCCUCAGCUAUGAAUUAAUUAAACAACAUUAUAUUACAAUAUAUAAUUAUUUUUGUGGUGUGAGGCUAAGAUUGAAUGACAGGGGGUUUGUUGGCAAAGGGAUAGUGGGGGCACCAAAUACAUUACUUAUCACAGGUGCGAAAGUACUUGGAAGCAUCCAUGCUAACAUAUGACAUAAAACUGUCCCAGAAUUUAUUAUGUGAAUGUAGACAUGCCCGGUAUAUGCUAGUGAUGAAAACUCAUGGGUUUCGAGCCAAAUGAUAGUGUUAAAGUGCUGCAGCUCGUAUUCAUACAGUACUAAUCAUCUUAUGACAAAGUCACAUUAUAUAACACUCUUCGAAAUGUUGCAUUAUUUUAACACUGCCACCUGAUUAGAAACACGAGACCUUUUCAUCAAUAGAAUUUAUUGCAUUCACUAUCUUUUCACCUAUCAAUGCAACACCUGGCUUUCAGGUACUUAUAAUGUAUGACAGGAGUCAUCGAAACUAUUCAUUAUUGAUUAAAUCCUCUUGGAUGGUUCAUUUGGUUUUUAUGUGUUCUGUCUGCCACUGGAUUAAAAAUGCUCUCCUGUAACUGAAAGACGAAGAUGUAUACCAUGCACAGUGAAAUGCCUCUGAAUGGUACUACUCCGACUUGCAAUAUAUUGUGUUCUGUUAUUAAUUAAUUCUUUGAUAACUACUUGGGGAAACAAUACAAUCCUUAAGAAUGAUUACACUAAUGUGUGAUUAUUCUAAAACUGUGUAUUUAACUUGUGAAUUGAUCUUUGUUUUGUUUCUUGACAAUGUCUUUGUAGUAUCAAACUAGAAACCGAAAUAUUUCACAAAAAUGUGUUCCUAUCUUGUUUGUCACUCAUAAAUAUAAUUGAAAUUUUCCUUUAAAUUUAAUGUGAUUAUUGAAAUUGUUUUUCUAAAUAAAUUUUUAUUUGAAAUUACUGUAGUUGCUGUAAAUUGAACUGUCAUUUGUACCCUCACAUUCACCAAUAAUAAUUGUGAUAAACUGAAACAUAUUGAUAUUAAAUAAAAGAAGUAUUUGGAGAUGGAAAAUCUUA